AUAGAGGAGAAGAGUAAAAGAAGCUCCGGGAAGGUGUAUACACACCGAUUGCUUCGGUAAAUCGCGAUAAUGUACGACUAUUGCGAUAGUCGCGCGUGGGAUAAACACGUCUCCUCUUCCCGGUUAAGGGAAAUCAUAUCCGAUGCCGGAGGACCUUUCGGCGCAAUCGCACGUAUCCUCGGUGGAAUGGGCACGGCGCCACCGUGCCAGGAUUUCAGAGAGCUUUUUCGUGUCCCCCGCGAGGAGCAAAUUUCAGUGCUUGGCCCGCAACCGUAUCGCGUUGCCCCAAACUUUAACUCCUCCGCGCGAUCGCUCCCAAGUCGCGUGGAUUAAUAAAAAGAAAACAAUCGAUGAUAUAUACGACAGCGAUAGCCGUCGGAUUAAACUCUGAAGAGAUCACUAUAUUUUCUCUGACAUGACAGUAUUUUUAAUAUAUCGAUAAUUUUCGUAAUAAAAUAACCGAGGAAUCGAUCGUAUAAAAAAAGUGAGAGGACUGGAUUAAUUAUGUUUGUGGUAUUUUUUCAUAAAAGGAGUGUCAACGACCUUUCGCGGUAAUAUUUCCGCAUGUGAGGAGCGCGAACGAGAAUCCGGUGAGGGUGAGGUGACGCGGCAUUAUGCCAACGAUCGGCGUGAUCCCGCGGGUGCUUUUCGAAGGACCGCGAAUGGAGAGUGAUCGUUUGUAUCGAACGGUGGUGGGAAGGUCGCUGUCAAACGCAGAGCGGCGCGCGUGAAUUAGAUUAGAGAAAUGAGUGCGAAGUGAAAAAUGGUCCCGUUCCACGGCAUGGUCCUCCUGCUCCUGGGAAUCGGAUACCUGUUACACGCCGAACCACUUUACGGCGAACGCGGCAUCGCGUUUUUGCAUCUCAACAACGAUACAUUUGGAAAGGGGGAAAAGUCGCAGCGCGGCACAAAGAAGACUUAUUUUUUCAAAGAUUCCCCGCAAAAGUUAACGGUGGCCAGAGGUCAGGCCGCAGUGCUAUUCUGUCGCAUUAAGAAUUUGGGAAAUAGAACUGUAUCUUGGAUCCGAAAGAGGGACCUACACAUCUUGACGUCCAUGUUCGCGACUUACACGAGCGACGCGAGAUUUACGGUAGUCAGCAAUCCGGAAACCGACGACUGGAAUCUGCGAAUAGAUUACGUGCAACCGCGGGAUGCCGGCAUUUACGAGUGUCAGGUUAAUACGGAACCGAAGAUAUAUAGAGCCGUGACUCUGAAGGUUUUGGAUAUACAGGCGAAGAUCACGGGUCCCCAGGAGUUAUAUAUCAAGAAAGGUAGUACAAUCAGCCUGACCUGCAUCAUAGAACUACAGGAUCUGCCUCCGAGCAACGUGACUUGGUAUCAUGCCGGUGCAGUGAUCGAUUUCGACGGUCCAAGGGGUGGCGUAUCGCUGGAGACCGAGAAGGGUAAACGGGGCACCACGAGCAAGCUCUUAAUAACGCGCGCUCAAUUUAACGAUAGCGGUAAUUAUACAUGCGCUUCGAGCAAAGUCACCCCGGCAAGCGUCAUGGUGCACGUAUUAAACGGUGAGCAAAAUAUCGCGGCGGUGGCAAUAUCGGUAGCGGGAGGGUGGCAGGGAGGGAGGGAGGAAGAUUUGCGACAGUUAAUUUCGAAAUUCUCUUUUAGCGAGCGAGCGAAGCGUAACGUCGCGAAAUUAUUCCCAGAGCACUUUGCAAUAAGGAGAAUAUUUGUUUUACUCAAAUCUCCCGCGUCUCUCUCCUCGCUCUCUUAAUUGCAUUAAAACUCUUGUAAAUAAUGCCGUCCGCGUGCGUUCAAAUAUUAAACAUCACUUAUAUACGGAUUAUUUUGAUUCUAUCGAUACUUUAACAAUAUAAUAUCCCGAAGACUUUAAUAAAAAAAAUGUUUAAAAUUUAUUUCUUAACUUCUAUUGUACAUGAUGAUUUUCUGACAGAUGUCAAGGAAUAUAUAUAUAAAUUUUUAUCAAGACUUUUUCAAGCAUUUUGAGACAAUUAAAAAUGCGAUAUUGUGACUCAUGUGUGACCAGGAAUAGAGCAAAAAGAAUGUGUGACCUAUAAAAGUUAAUUAUGUAAAAACUUGGUAGGGUGUGUGAAGCACGAUUUAUCGUUCAAUAAUGAACAGGCGACGUUGCGCCAUGCGUUCGUUCGCUGCAAGAUAUAUAAUGAAUAUUUACCGCGAACGUAUCAUUUAGCAACGAUAAUUGUGUGUACACAAAUUAUUUAAUGAUAAUUUCAGAUGUAGCGUUAUAUCUAUUUGUUUCUCUAAUGAAUACCAUUAUUGCAUAUUCGGAAUUUAAUAACGAAAGAGAUGAUGUAUCCUCGGGACGAUCCGUUUAUUUUUGAGGAUCCUCAAGCGCAAUUCCUUUUAUGUUCUACCGUCCCGCUGCCGCACUUUCGUAGAGCCGUUAAUAAAUUUAAUGUUUGUUAGCGAGUACUCGAGAAAAAUUGACGAGAUUGGGCUUGUAAAGAUUCGAAGGAGGGACACAAAAGCGAUACGUAAGCCGUCUGGCGUAAUUCUCUUUUACAGGGGAACAUCCCGCUGCGAUGCAACACGGCGGAACUGGCGAUGUAAAUAGACGACUCGUUCUGCUCGUCCUGAUUUUUCUCGUCGAUACGAUGUUUCGGUGAAUCGAUCUUGGCGCCACCGAUCUCCUGAAAAUAAGUUACUCCCGAAUUAGCAUCUCUUAAGAUGCCUUCCUGAAAAUGAGAGUAAUCAACGAGAUAGCGUAUAAUUUACAGUAAGAGCAAAUUUUCUUUUUAUUGAACGCAAAGAUAUCGGUCAAAGUAUGUGUUAAUGCUAAUUUAGGAUCAUCUACGUAUGUUUGUUUGAAAAGCCCAAAGAAUUUUCAUCCAAUCUCUAAUGUAUGUGAAUUGCGAGAUUUAAUAAACCAUCUUAAUAUUAGAUUCUUUGGGUUUCGUCGCUCAAAUAUCUUUAUCCGAAAUGUCAGUACGAAUGUAAUAUGUAUGUAAUAUAAUAAAC